GGUAAUUUGGCUCUGAUAUUUUGUGAUGAGAAAACAUCAAACAUAAAAACUGUGGCUUUGACAGGUCGUUCAUUUCUUAAAGUGGCUACCUAUUGGCAGCUGUAGGCAGCAACAAACACAUUCAUCAUGGGUGGUUCUCAGUACUUCUCCUAACAAUGAGUCAAAGCACUUCCUUAUACUCUCUCUUUGCGGAGAUGGAGUCACCAAGUUUGGUUCUUCUAAGCUGUUUCCUGAUACAAUGCUACGGUAGGAGAUUUUUCUUUUACUAUUAAUGUUCAAUUUUUUCUAAAUGCGGAUACAAACUUUCCUUGCUAAAUAACAGUAAGUAUCAAUAGUAGUUUUAAAUGGUCAGGUUCAAGAUGUGCUAAAAGUAAAGGGUAGCAGUACAAAUGUAAUCAUGAAUCAAUGAGUCUUUUCUCUUGAAGGGUCUACUCAUUUUCAUUACCUAAAGAAAGGGGAGGAGGUUACACUGUCCUGUGAAACAUGUCAAUGGGAGGCUGAUGUGGAUUCAGACAACAGAGUGGACUGCAGUGUCAUAGACAGUAUUUAUACCAUGAACUCAGACUGCCCUGCUGAAAGACAUGGUCUAUGCCAAGAGAUAAAGAGAAACAAAUCCACCAGUUGUGAAAUCCGUGUAAAGAGGGGAUUCUUUGCCUGUGUCAAUGCUGUAUCUGACUCCUGCUUCAUGCAUCCAUUCAAACCCUCUUCUCAUCAUGUGGAGUCCUUCAUUGUUGCUCAGGCAGAACGACAUUGUGUCUGGACCUGUAAUGGAAAACUCAGUGCUUGUGUCUGGAGGAGAAUCAAUUCAUCUGACGUGCACUUUUAAAAUAAAAGGGUAUUACUCCUAUAAUCCUUUCGUGGUGUACUGGAUCAAGACUGGUGCUCAGAGCAGCACAUGUGUGUAUUCCUUUAGUUACGUUAGUUAUGGGGAUAGUGGGUUUGAUGACCACUGUGCCAUUGACAAAGAUCUUCUGUUAAGGAGAUCACACACAUCAAGACCCUUCCUUGAUGAUAACAACAUCCAUAACCUGAAGAUCAGCAAUGCCACUCAGUCAGACCGUGGACAGUAUCUGUGUGUCUUACAGGUGAACAUAUAUAACCAGCAGUACUGGGCAGUAAUAACCAACACUACAGUCAUUGUGGAUAAUCCUGAUUCCUAUCUCAUCUAUGUGAUUGGUGUAUUAGUACCCGUUCUUCUCCUCCUCCCUGUCAUCAUCAUCAUCAUCAUCAUCAUACUGCUUAAAAGGAAAUCAGCUGAGACAAAAGUGUCUCAAACUGCAAUAACUCAAAGAUUUCAGAACGGGGAGGAAGUGGAUGACGACGACUGUUCCCCUUAUGCGAUGGGCCAGGGAGAGCAGGAACCAACGUACUCACUCAUUCAGCUGACCAAUCAGAAGACUGACCCUGUGUUCAGUGGGGAUGGAGAACUCGCUUCAGACCCAUCAGCAGAUGAGGGCAUCAUGAGGAAGAACUCCAUAUAUGAAACCUCAGGUCCAUAGUCUCAACUGCCUGCCAGUUUCUUGCAGUGUGAGUUCCUGCAUAAAGACCAAGAUUACAUGAUCGGCCUGUUUAUAACCAGGCCUGUAAAUAACCGCAUUAGUCCUGUUUCAGUUAAAAUGAGGAAGGAACUCUCGCUGUCACAACUUCCUGACUGAAACCUAAAAUUUCCCCAGAUUGCUUUGUUUGUGGGCUUAUCCCACAGCUGUCAUUUCAGUUAUAGAAUAGAUAAAUAUGACUAUUGUUGUGAUUUGUUGGAUAGUCAUUUCUAAUGUUGGUACUUUGAGCCAAUAUGCUAGAGGUUGUUCAAAUGUGUUUGCAUGUGUUGUUUGUAAAUAAGCCAAACUGAUAAAUGAACUAAUUAAACUGUAAAUUAAAAAAGUCAGUCUUGAAGGAAA